AAAUAUAUGAAAAAGCGAUUCUAGGAUAAAGUUUGUCUUGUCACUGCUUCAUCAACUGGAAUUGGUUUAGCAAUCAGUGAAUAAUUUGCCAAAGAAGGAGCUACUGUUAUUAUUAGCUCUAGAGAUAAAAAACAUAUUGAUGCAGCUGUUGAGAAAAUUAGAAAUUCUGGAGGAAAAGCUGAAGGAUAUCCUUGUCAUGCUGGAAAAAUUGAAGACCUAUAAAAGAUGAUCUAAUUUAUCAAAGAAAAGUUUGGUCGCUUAGAUAUCCUUGUACCAAAUGCUGCUGUCUCUACACAUUUUGGAUUUGUAUUAGACAUGACACCAUAAUAAUAUGAUAAAUUGUUUGAAGUAAAUCUUAGAGGGAUUUACUUUUUAAUACAAGCUGCUUAUCCAUUACUCAAAGUAGCUAUCAUUUUCAUUAUUUAAGGAGUCCAAAGAUUCCAAUAUUGUUAUCAUAUCCUCGAUUGGUGGAUAUGAAUCAGAAACAGGUUUAGGAAUGUACAGUGUUACAAAAACAGCCUUAUUAGGAAUGACUAAAGUUCUGAGUAAAGAUUUAACUCCAAUCAGAGUUAAUUGCUGUGCUCCUGUAUUUAAUAAGAAUCAUUUAUCUAGGGCUUAAUAAAAACAAAGUUUAGUUCAGUUCUAUGGGAAGGUAAAGAAUAAGCAGCUGCUGAAUUCAUGAGGGUUGAAAGACUUGGGGUCCCAGAAGAUAUAGGAAAUGCUGUUGCUUUUCUUGCUUCAUCAGAAGCUAGCUAUGUCAAUGGAGAAACACUAAUUGUGGCUGGAAGAGCAUCUCCAAGAUUAUGAGAGUCUAAGUUAUUAAAUUAUUUAGUCA